UGCGUUUGUUGCCCGUGAAGGAUGCCUUCUGCCAACCCUAAACUAGAGAAACAGGCCUCUACGGAGACCGUAGAACCCAUACGCCAGGCGAUAAUCGUUAUCGAACAUAAGAUACGGAAUCUUGAAAAGCGUAAGUCAAAAUUAGAGUCAUACAGAGAUCAACAGAAAAAUGGUGGAGAACUAAAUGCAGAUCAAAAGAUAGCAGUGGCCAAAUAUGAUGAAGUGUUACAAACAUUGGAUAUUACACGGGAAUUAAAUAAACAAAUUGCUGCUAUUGCACACGAUGCGUUUAAACAACAGAAAAAAUUGGCUAGAAAAGAAGCUAUUGAAAGAAUGCAACAAGAUAUUGCAAAAGUGAGAGAGGUUCUUCUUAUUCAAGAUGCGCUCAUGAACUUGGGAACAGAAUGUGUUAGAGAAGACUUUCUUGCUGGAAAAAAUGGUGCUGUGAAAUUAUCAAAAGAAGAUUUGAAGUACUUGGACAGUCUAUAUAAUGAAGUACUGAUGAAACAUCAACGCGAAGAAGGUGAACCACCAUUUCUUGAGCAAAUACAAAAAGUAGCAGAACAUUAUGUGGCCAUUGUCGAUGGAAAGCAAAGAGAGGUUGUUGGUACAACGUACAGCAAAUUAAAAGAAAUUAUCUCUUCUAUUAACCAGUGUGGCUAUUUCGAUCAAGUUCGUGAAACCGAAGCUGCAGUAGAAGAAGUUACAGAAGCAGUUACAGAGACACAAAUAUCAGAUACUCCCAUACCGGAACAAGUCAAUGAAGAAUAUAAUAGUAAUGACAGACACAUUCCACCAGAGUCUAUGAUUCCUAUUCCAAAUUUUCCAGUGCAAGUUGCUCCUAUCCCUGUUGUUUCUGGCACUGCUCCGGUUACUGGUCCUAUUCCCGUAGUAGCACAACCCAUUCCACCGCAUCCGGCUGCGCCAGUUGAAACAUCUUACUACACAACUGCUCCGGGAUUCGUUCCUCCGCCACAGCCACAACAACCACAGCAAUCUCAACCUCAGCAACAGCCACCACCGGCUCCUAGAAUUAAUGAUGUUAUAGGUACACCGAAUUUCUUUUUUCUGCAAGAAUCGGAGCUCGAUUCACCAGAUGUCACGUCACAGACACCUAUUGUUUCACACAUUCCUGCUGCUGUAAAUGCACCUAUUCCUUCACAAACAUUUACAAAUCAAAACUUUGCAAAUGCACCAGUAGUAGCACAACAGGUGAUAUAUCAACAUCAACCACCACAGGACAUGUCCCACAUUCCUGGAUUUGCUAAUCCUAAUCCACCUCCACCUAUUCCAAUGCCACCAUCUCACCAACAACCAAAUAUACAAUAUAGCCCACAACAUCCUGCAAACUUUCAACAGCAACCGCAACAACAAGCUCCUACGCAACAAGCACAAACACAGAAUUUUGAACAUCAACAAGAAAAUCAACAACCACCUGCGGAGGAAAAAAUUGAAGAAAAUCAAGAAGAAACAACAGCACCAGAAACAGAAUUGGAACAACCAAACGAAUCUAUAGAUUGGUGUCAGAUGACUGAGUCUAACGAUUGGAAUCAAGCAGAUCAAUCACAACAACCUAUUCAAGAUACGCAACAACCGCAGCAACAAACGUCUCAACAAGCUUGGGGUGACCAACAGCGUGGUGGAUAUAAGGGAAAGGGUGGAAGGAGAGGUAAUUCUAAUGGGUACAAUGGAAAGGGCCGGGGCGGUGGUUAUCAACAAAAUGGACGAGUUGGGCAAGGAACAUAUUAUCGUAAUGAUAGCAAUUAUCAAAAUGGGUAUCAACAACGUUCCUGGGGAAAUAAUGACGGAAACAGUGGUUAUAACUCUGGUUAUAAGAGGGGCGGUGGUGGACAGAGAGGAGUUCCACGAGGUGAGCGUGGCAUGGACAGAGGUAGUCGAGGACAGUUUCGUGGCCAAAGGGGAGGAAACCGUGGCGGUUAUAUGCCCCGUGGUAAACCUCACACGCCACAGUAAUAAAAAUACGAUAGAGCAAUGCACAGUGAAACAUUAUAAUAAUGCUGUAAGAUCAUAAUUCAAUUGUCUAUUUAUGAAUGAACCUAAGUCGUAUUUUUAGCACGAGUAAAACUUGGGCAAAGUGAAUUUUGCACACAACAAGUCGUGUACGCGAAUUUUAAUACAUAAAAUAGCAACUUUAACAUUUAAGAUUGUUGUUCGAUGGUUUUGUCAAAUAUACAAAAGAACGUAAACGACUAAUUAAUUGUGUCUUUAUGUGCAUUACAAUAAGAAGAAGAAAAAAAAAUGCUGAUGUUGCGUGGUUUUAUACCUGAAGAUAUUGCAUUUAAUCGUUUUAAAAACGAUAGAAAAGUAAUAAAUUGAUACAAAAAGACACUUUUGAUGUACUUUUUUUACGGCUUAGGAUAUUUCUUAAAUAAGACAUUGAAUAACCAAAAUUUUGCAUUUGAAUUUGGUAUCUGCGAUUAUCAGGGAAAAGAUCCUAUUAAUAUUAACGAAAUAAUUAUGCAUUGUGAUAUAAGAAGAGAUCAACCAAAUUCAGAAGUGUGAACCCACCAUGCAAGUAUUAUUGUGUUGUGACAGAAGGCAGUUUUCACAGGGCAACAACAGCUGAUCAACAAAGAUUAGAAAUAUAAUUUUAUUAUAAAAAAAAUACAAAAAAAAAAUGAGAACUCAUACAAGCAUUUCACGCAAAGACACAAGGAUGUAUUUAAAGAAUAACAUUAAAAUGACUACACGAAAUAGAUGAUCUGCACGACCAUCUCUUUGUCUUGCGGCGUAUCGUUCUAGAGAAUUUUUUAUGAUACCAGAAAAAAGAGGAUACAGUGAGCAAUGCCUUCUAGCGCUAUAUAUCUUCUUAACUUCAUAUUCCAUUUUCGGUCUAUGAAUUUGCGAAGCAUUUAGAAAGUUAAAAGUUAUCGAGAUUUAGCAGUUGGAAGAGAUGAAAAUGCGUGAUACGCAAAUCUCUAAAAACGUUCUUUGUGAAAGACGUUCUAUGUUUACUACGAUUUAUGUCGCUCCCUCUUCUGUUUUUUCUGUGUGAUUCCAAAAUUCUUUACGGUCGCUCACGCAGAUUGUCAAGUAAAAGAGAUUGCAGUGCAAUGUCUAGUUUAUGAAGCAACAUUACCUGAUUUUUUUUAUCGCAAAAUAUAUAUGAUUAUUUUUAAACGAAAAGAAGCGAUAGUGCGGAGCUUUAGCAUGUAAGUUGAGUGUACAAUUACUGACUAGAGCCAGAGAAGGCGUGUUUGACUACGCCACUGAUAAAAAGCCACGUUCACACCGCCAAACACGUGAUAAGGAGUACCGUAUUGUAUUUCGUUUGUACAUUUGUGUUUAAUCACCUCCAUCUACAGUUAUGUUCAAAUAUCCUAUGAAUACCUAUGUAUCUUCCAAAUAAAGAUCUAAUUCAACCCUGCUAA